AUGACUCAACUACGUAUCGUGGAAGUCGGAAGUCGGAACUCUGAAGGCAUUGAUAAGGAUUUUUCCGACUCCAAAGUCCGCGAACCACCUGGUCCCAAGGGUCUACCCAUCGUUGGCAACUUCUUCGAAGUAUACCCCGACCAUCUAGGAAACCACCAACGUCUCUUCGAGCAAUACGGCCCAAUCAUCAAGACCACUAGUCUCGGGCGUACAACAUACCAAACCAACGAUCCAGUCUUGUCAUCCAUUGUAUUUGCUGAGUCUGAUUUCUUCACCAAAAAGAUCAACGAGGCACAUCCCCUCUACGCACUUAAGCAGCCCAGCGCCGGUGUUUUCCUAGGCGACACCGAGACGCCAGAAUGGAAGGUCGCGCACAAGUUCUUGCCUCCGGCUCUUGGCCCCAAGGCCGUCCGUCACUACGCGCCUACCAUGCAGGAGACGGUCGAGGAUGCCUUUAAGGUAUUCGAUGAGUUUGAUAAGCAGGGCGAGGCGUGGAAUGUUUACCAGUAUAUGUUGAAGCUGGGAUCCCAGGCUGUUGGGAAACUUACGCUGGGUCUUGACUUUCAACAUUUUACUUCUCCCGAUGCUAAUCUGCACGAGAUGGUCAAUCUGAUUGCUGAGUUACUCUCGCUCAACAAGAAGGUCACGUCCAAGGGUGACUGGUACGCCAAGUUGCCUUUCGGGGACCCACAGAAACUCAAGCAGAUCAAAGUGCGCAUUAUAGAGAUGGUCGAGGAAUCUAUUCGGUCGGCUGAGCGGGGAGGUGUCGUCGACCUCCCUCUCCAGGAUGCGGCAUUGCAGGCUUCUAACAUGGUCGAUUAUGCGGUACGUGCCACCGAUAACAAAGGCGAGAAGCUACCGAAGACAAGUCUUGUCUGGGCUCUUACCGUCGCAACUGGGGCUGGCUUCACAACCACCAGUUCCCUUCUUUCAUGGCUUAUUUACGGUCUUGUCACGUAUCCCGAUAUGCAAGAAAGGCUUCUACAGGAACUGAUCGACCAUGACAUCGACGAGAAUACCCAACUUACAGCCGACAUCACCGACCGUCUUACCUUCCUCGACAAGUAUAUCAAGGAGACACAACGUCGCCACAACCCAAGUUUCCAGCCGGGUCGAACAGCAAAGGUUGACCUCAUUUUGCCGGGAGGGUACAAAAUUCCCCAGGACUCGGUUAUUAUUCCCGCACUGCACCACAUCCACAACAACCCCGAACUCUGGGAUAACCCUCAAAAGUUUAAUCCCGAUAGAUGGGAUACCGAGGAGGUGAAGAAUAGACACAAGGCUGCGUACAUACCUUUUGCCAUGGGGCCGCGGAUGUGUAUUGGGUUCAACUUUGCCCUGCAGGAAAUUAAGGUCUUCCUUCCUAAGCUGAUUUACCGGUACAAGUUCACUCGCGAGGGAGAUGGCCACAUUGAGUACGACCCCAUGUUCCAGUUGAUUCGGCCGAAUAACUUGUAUGUUCGGGCAGAGAGGAGAGUUAAGUGGCCACCGAAGACGGAGAACUAA